UUUUCUCAACUGCAGCUAACCGCUCCGCUUACAAGUUAGUGCUCGCGGUGCACAGCCAUGGGAUCCGGCUGCCACGCCACGGACGAGGCGCCAAACGGUUCCAAGGCGGUGAACCUCCUAUUCCGCCUGUCGACGAUGGCGUUCGCUCUGACCUCGGCGGUGGUCAUGGCCACUGCCAGCGAGUGCACCAUCUACGAGCCCCACGGCGCCAGGGUCACGGUCACCUUCAAAAACUACCCACCCUUCGUUUACCUGGUAUGGUUCAACAUCGCGGCGACGAUCCUGGAGGCGGUCGGGAUCUACCUGCAGGUCGGCAAGGGCGGCGGCGGCGAUGACGAGGAGGCGCCGAAGGUUGUGCGAGUGCUCCUGGUCUUCCUCGACGUCGCCGUGCCGGCCCUGCUCAACCUUGCCACGGGCGCGGCGUUCUCGGCCGUCGUCGCCUACCGCCCGCAGAUCAGCGCCUGCUCCGGCACCGCCGGCCGGUUCUGCGAGCAGGUGCACAGGUCGAAGCUCAUCUCGCUCGCCGCCGGCAUCUCCGCCAGUUCGGCCGCCUUCGUCAAGGACGUCCGGCUGCCGUUCUCCGUGUGGCCCGUCUCGUCAGACGACUACUGCUGAUAUUUGUGCGUAUCUAGUGGUGGUUGCAAUUUGUGUUGCUUAUUGUUGCAUGUCUCCGUUGAUACAUCCAGGUGUUCCGAUCUUCGCCACUUGUGGUACGCAUAGGACACCGAAAUAGUCGUCAUCAAGCAACUUGUAUACGUAGGCCGUAUAGCACCGACAACCGAACAGUGUGUGUGUGACCUAUCAGGCUAAAGUACUCUUCUUCAUGGCAAACAAAUAAACUCCAACAGUUAUAGCAAGUAA